AUGGCAGGAAAGUUUUCUGUCAAGAAUGUGUGUAUAGUAGGUGCCGGACCAAGCGGAUUGGCUUGUGCAAAAUAUCUACUUGCUGAAAAGGCUUUUGAGCGCAUCGAUAUUUACGAGCAACGAUCGCGUGUAGGAGGCAUCUGGGACUAUUCGCCUGAAGAAAAGACGCCUGAUGACCUCCCUGUGCCAUCCGUAACACCCCACGCCGGCCUCGCCAAACCGAAAUGGCUGCAGUCAGGUACCAGGAAGGCACUUGGGAGUCGUGUCGAAGAGGAUUCCUUGUUCCUAAGUCCGCUGUAUGACCGCCUAGAGACGAAUAUCCCGCGCACUGACUUUGACUGGCCCCAAGACUCGCAACUCUUCCCGAAACACGAGACCGUCACUCAGUACCUCGAAGACUAUGCUGCCGAUAUCAAGCACCUUAUCCACUUCAACACACAAGUCCUUGAUAUCAACCUGGCUGGUACCAAAGAAGACGGACAAGACGUAUGGUCUGUAAAGACGCAGAAAGUGCAGCACAAGAUUCAGGAAGACCCGGUGGAAAGAACAUACGAUGCUGUCGUUGUCGCCAAUGGUCACUUCGCUGUGCCAUUCAUUCCUCAGAUUAAGGGCAUGAAGGAGUGGGCUGAGCAAUACCCAAACGCCAUCUCUCACUCCAUGUACUACAAAAAGCCAGAGGACUACACAAAUCUCAAGACCAUUGUCGUUGGCAGCGGCGCUUCAGGUAUUGAUAUUGCCAUGCAGGUCAUGCAAGCAUGCAAACUGCCCCUCAUACAAUCACAAAAGUCGAAAGGAUUCCUUCUGUCCGAUCCCACUCCGAAGAAGCAGGAANAAGAGGAGAUUGUCGAGUUUAUCAUCCAAGACAGAGCCGUGCGUUUUGCUGACGGCACUGUGGAGAAGGACAUCGACUCUAUCCUCUUCUGCACCGGCUACUUUUAUUCUUACCCUUUCCUCAACAACCUAGAUCCGCCGCUCGUCACGAGUGGCACCCACGUUCAGAACUUGUAUCAGCACUUGAUCUACCGCCCGCGCCCCACUCUUUGUUUCCCGGUAUUGCAACAACGCGUCAUUCCCUUCCCAAUGGCAGAAGCACAAAGCGCCGUCAUUGCCCGUCUAUGGAACAACCGCAUCGCUUUGCCCUCUGUGGAGGACAUGAAGGCCUGGGAAGACAAUCUGCGGAAUGAGACAAGUGAUGGCAAGAGAGACUUCCACCUUCUCUUGUUUCCAAAGGACGCGAACUACAUCAAUGCAAUGUAUGACUGGUCGAUGUCGGCACCCGACGCAGAGACCAAAGGCAAGCGACCACCGCACUGGGGUGAGAAACAAUACUGGAUGCGCGAAAAGUUCCCAGAGAUCAAAAAGGCUUUCCAGGAUCGAGGUGAGGGUAGACAUCAAGUCAGGACUUUGGAAGAAUUGGGCUUUGACUUUGAGAAGAUGAAGAGAGAGUCUGCUGUUGAACAAAAGAGUUUGCUCUGA